GUCUGGGCGGGGCUAGCAGAACGAAGCUCGGUGGCGGUGAGCAGCUUGGUGCUCUGGCUGAUCUUGCUGCUCCACGCAUCGGAUUGGGAUUCGCUGUUGCAAAGAUGUCCGACGACGAACAGCAAGAGCAGACCAUAGCAGAGGACUUGGUUGUGACCAAGUAUAAGAUGGGCGGUGAUAUUGCGAACCAGGCACUGCGUGUGGUCCUUGAAGCAGCCAAGCCCGGCGUGUCUGUCCUCAGUCUGUGUGAGAAAGGAGACGCUUACAUUAUGGCAGAGACCGGGAAGGUCUUCAAGAAGGAGAAGGACAUGAAGAAAGGCAUUGCGUUCCCCACCAGCGUGUCAGUCAAUAACUGUGUAUGCCACUUCUCUCCCUUGAAGAGCGACCCUGACUACACGCUUAAAGACGGAGACUUGGUCAAAAUUGACCUGGGAGUACAUGUUGAUGGCUUUAUCUCCAAUGUGGCGCAUAGCUUUGUUGUUGGAGCCAGUAAGGAAGCACCUGUGACGGGCAGGAAAGCUGAUGUCAUCAAAGCUGCCUACUUGUGUGCAGAAGCAGCAUUGCGUCUUGUAAAACCUGGCAACCAAAACACACAGGUGACUGAGGCGUGGAACAAGAUCGCCCACUCUUUCAAAUGCAAUCCAAUCGAAGGUAUGCUGUCCCACCAGUUAAAGCAACACAUUAUUGAUGGGGAAAAGACAAUCAUCCAAAACCCCACAGACCAGCAAAGGAAGGACCAUGAGAAAGUGGAGUUUGAGGUCCAUGAGGUGUAUGCUGUAGAUGUACUGAUCAGUACAGGGGAAGGAAAGACAAGAGACGGAGGACAGAGGACCACCAUCUACAAGCGGGACCCCAGUAAGCAAUACGGCCUGAAAAUGAAGACCUCUCGAAUGUUCUUCAGUGAGGUGGAUAGACGCUUUGAUGCCAUGCCCUUCACUCUCAGGGCAUUUGAAGAUGAAGGGAAGGCCCGUUUGGGAGUGGUCGAAUGUGCCAAACAUGAGCUACUGCAGCCCUUCAGCGUCCUCAGUGAAAAAGAGGGAGAGUUCGUAGCCCAGUUUAAGUUCACAGUAUUGCUGAUGGCUAAUGGGCCUUUGAGAAUCACCAGUGGACCAUUUGAGCCUGAGCUCUACAAAUCCGAGUUUGACGUUCAGGAUCCUGAGCUGAAGUCUCUGAUACAGAGCUCUGCAAGUCGCAAAGCACAGAAGAAGAAGAAAAAGAAGGCUUCCAAGAAUGCAGAAAAUGCUACAGGGCAGCAAGCAGAGAAUGAAGUUGCAGCUAAAUAGUUACCUUACACUCCUAAAAACAAUACAUAUUCUCUGACACACAAAUUUCUGCCCUAGAAAUUUGAAAACCUAAAUUUUCUCUUAAACUGUUGUCCAUUGAAACCUGUGACAAAAGCCAUCCAUUAUAGUGUGAUUUGGAAAUAGAAGAAACUGAAAUUGGUCUGACAGACAAUGACUUUGUACUGAUUUGUACUGAUCUAUUAGAAUUUAUCUUUUUGAAGCACUCGGUUUACACUGAACUGAAACAUGACACCUUUUGGAAAUGAAAUUGAUUGAUUAAAAAUAGCAGUUCUUUUGUAGUAUUAAGGUUUCCACUGUGUUGAUCUUCAUAAUCUAAUAAAAAUGUUAAGGUUUAGUAGCUGAAUUGAAACUGUACUAGGUUAAUAUAGAGAGAUGGCUGUUUCAGCAGUUUAAGCAAUUUCAGAAAGUUUCCAAAAGCUUGUCAUUCCUCAGGGCUGAGAUGUGAUUUCUAAGCAAAGCCUCCCACUUUUAAGGACUAAUGGUACUCUAAAUUGGAUCUAGAACCCUUCCAGAGAGUAUUGAAAUGCUGUUUUGGAUGAACAGGGUUAUUAUACAGUCACAUUCUUUUUUGAAAUGGGGACGUUUUUGGAAUUAUGGUACACUUGUCUAUUAUUAUUAUUAACUGCCAUCCCUGUUUCUCCUCUAGUCUAACAGUGAGGGAUUGAAAUCAGAAGAUAGAUUUGUCUAAUAAUACAGAACUUAAUCAUUAACACAAUCUUUGCCUUCGCCUUACAUGAAACAUUGUCUUUGUCUUGUUUAAAGCUUUUACUGCAUCAUGAAAUUAGUCCCAGUCAAUUUUUGAAACUGUGCAUACAUUAUUUUGUCAGAUCAACUGGUCUAAUUUGCUGCUAAGCCACUUUCAUAGGCCCUGUUUUGCAUGCACAUUAUAUACUAUACCAUACCUACCCCUACCCCCAAAUAAUGCCGAGUGGGUAAAAGCAUGGAAAUGUGGUCCAGAGUCAGGCGAGAGCAGUGAGGAGACUCUAAAGAUUGAUCUGCCUCAGUUAACAUGUUUUUUGUGAAAUUGUAGGAUCGUACUUCUCAGACAGUAUGUUGGUCAAGGACCAGUUUUGUCCAGUCACAAAUGCAAUCUGAUAUUUAGUACAUAUUAUUAUUAAUUAUAAACAGAACCUGUAUUCAGCGCCAUUGCUGGUUGAGUCACAACAUUCAGAUGCCUUCCCCCCCAAAAAAAGGUGCAUCAGUGAAGUGUCUGUGCUGUGGUUCAGGAUUGGGCAGGAUGAUGUGGGACUGAACUGAAAUGACUGGGCAAAACAGGUUAAAUCUGGUGUCGUGUGACUGUGCUGAGCUUCUCUUUAGUUCGAUUCCCAGACCUCACUCUUCAGCAGCGCUGUGUACCUGAGAUCAGUGCACACUGACACUAUCCUGUGUUUCUAGGAGAAACUAGUAUAUGGGACUAUUUUACAUCUAAUUAAAUAAAACAAGACUGAUUUUUUUUUUUAAA